ACGCUGCUCCUCAGAUCCUGUGGUUGGAUCGUGCGUCCCUGAAGCUAACGUGUAGAGAGUUUUGGGCAGGAGAAUCCAGGGUCAAGCCACAACAGUUCUCUCCUUAAUCUACUUCAUUCCGUCCUCUCCCAGCUAAGCUGCCAGAGUGUGCUAUGCUUUUCCAAGAGCAAGAAAAGAUGUAUAAGUCUCCGGAGUUGGUGUCAUUUGAGGAUGUGGCUGUGGACUUCACCUGGGAGGAGUGGCAGGAAUUGAAUGAUGCUCAGAGGACUUUGUACAGGGAUGUGAUGCUGGAGACCUACAGCAGCCUGGUGUCUUUGGGGCACCGCAUUAGUAAACCUGAGGUGAUCCUCAAGUUGGAGAAAGGAGCAGAGCCAUGGAUAAUAGAAGAACAACCAAAUCAGAGGAUAAGCCUUGUGAAUGUAAUGGAUGUUGAAAAACCUCUAACUGAGAGGAGCCAAGAAAGUCAUAGUAGAUACUUGUGGCAAGGUGUAAUGAUCAGUGGCAACCGAUCAACUGAGGAGAGAGUAGAGUUAGGAAAAUCUUUUAAUUUGAGUUCAAAGCAUAUUUUAAAUCUGGUUAUAAAUAAUGGAAACUAUUCAGGAGUGGGGCAUGAGGAGUUUAACAUAUAUCAGAAUGCACUUCUUCCAGAGACUGAUACCAUGCAUGCUGGAGAGAAACCUGAUGAGUGUAAUAUAUCCGAGAAAUUACAGAGACAUCAUGAGCAUCUUAGUCAACAUCCCAAGAUUCCAACUGGGCAACCUUUUGAAUAUAGUGGAAAAGGAAGAUCCUCCAACACAGUGCCAGUAAUAUUUACAUGUAAGAACGUUCAUAUGGGUGAGACCACCUGUAAAUAUUGUGAAUAUAGGAAAUCCUGUAAUAAGUCAGCUGUCAUUGCCCAAGAGAUAACUCAGGUAGAGAAGAAAACUUUUCAAUGUGAUGUAUGUAAGAAAAUGUUCUAUAAAAAGGCUAAACUUACUCAACACCAGAUUAUACACACAGGAGAGAAAAAUGAUAAAUACAGUGAAUGUCAGACAUCUUUUAUUAAGAAAUCAUACCUUAUCGCAUAUCAGGGAACAUCUACAGGGACGCAGUUUUAUCCAUGUAAUGAACAGGAGAAAUUUUUGUAUCAAAAGUCAGACUUUACUGUGCAUCACAGAAUUCCCAUAGAGGAAAUGCCCUAUAGAUUUAUUAAGUGUGCCAAAAACUUUCAUGAGAAAUCACUUCUCAGCUGUCAUCAGGCAAUUCACAAAAGUGAAAAAUCUUGUGAAUGUAAUGGAGGUAAAAAAUCUUUCUAUCAUAAUUCUACCCUUACUAUAUGUCAGAGAGUUGACGUGAGCAAGAAUCCAUAUGAAUGUGAAGAAAGUCAGAUUUUCUCCAAUAAGUCUAAAGUCAAGAAACAUGAGAGAAUUCACAUUGUUGAGAAACCCUUUGACUAUAACACAUGUGGAAAAGUCUUUCACCAGAAAUCAAACUUCAGCAAGCAUAAGAGAAUUUAUAAGGAAUGUGAAAAAGGUUUUAACCAAAAGUCAAACUGGAAGAGACAUCAGAGAAUUCACACAGGUGAGAAACCAUAUGAAUGUAAAGAAUGUGGAAAACCUUUUAACCGAAAGUGUGCCCUCAGCAGGCAUCAGAGAAUUCACACAGGUGAGAAACCAUAUGAAUGUAAAGAAUGUGGAAAACCUUUUAACCGAAAGUGUGCCCUCAGCAGGCAUCAGAGAAUUCACACAGGUGAGAAACCAUAUGAGUGUAGAGAAUGUGGGAAAGCUUUUAACCGAAAGUGGGCCCUCAGCAGGCAUCAGAGAAUUCACACAGGUGAGAAGCCAUAUGAAUGUAAAGGAUGUGGGAAGGUUUUUAAACAAAAGGCAUCUUUCAGCUUGCAUCAGAGAAUUCACACAGGUGAGAAGCCAUAUGAAUGUAAAGGAUGUGGGAAGGUUUUUAAACAAAAGGCAUCUUUCAGCUUGCAUCAGAGAAUUCACACAGGUGAGAAGCCAUAUGAAUGUAAAGGAUGUGGGAAGGUUUUUAAACAAAAGGCAUCUUUCAGCUUGCAUCAGAGAAUUCACACAGGUGAGAAGCCAUAUGAAUGUAAAGGAUGUGGGAAGGUUUUUAAACAAAAGGCAUCUUUCAGCUUGCAUCAGAGAAUUCACACAGGUGAGAAGCCAUAUGAAUGUAAAGGAUGUGGGAAGGUUUUUAAACAAAAGGCAUCUUUCAGCUUGCAUCAGAGAAUUCACACAGGUGAGAAACCAUACGAAUGUGUAGAAUGUGGAAAAGCGUUUUACCAAAAGUCAACCCUCAGCAGGCAUCAGAGAAUUCACACAGGUGAGAAACCAUACGAAUGUGUAGAAUGUGGAAAAGCGUUUUACCAAAAGUCAACCCUCAGCAGGCAUCAGAGAAUUCACACAGGUGAGAAACCAUAUGAAUGUGAAGAAUGUGGAAAAGCUUUUAACCAAAAGUCACACCUCAGCAUUCAUCACAGAAUUCACACAGGUGAGAAACCAUAUGAAUGUGAAGAAUGUGGAAAAGCUUUUAACCAAAAGUCACACCUCAGCAUUCAUCACAGAAUUCACACAGGUGAGAAACCAUAUGAAUGUGAAGAAUGUGGAAAAGCUUUUAACCAAAAGUCACACCUCAGCAUUCAUCACAGAAUUCACACAGGUGAGAAACCAUAUGAAUGUGUAGAAUGUGGAAAAGCGUUUUACCAAAAGUCAACCCUCAGCAGGCAUCAGAGAAUUCACACAGGUGAGAAAUCACAUGAAUGUCAAAAAUGUGGAAAAGCUUUUACCCAAAAGUCACACCUCAGCAUGCAUCAGAGAAUUCACACAGGUGAGAAACUGUAUGAACGUAAAGAAUGUGGAGAAACUUUUAACCAAAAGUCAACUCUCAAUAUGCAUCAGAGAAUUCACACAGGUGAGAAACCAUUUGAAUGUAAAGAAUGUGGAAAAGCUUUUAGCAAAAAGUCAGCCUUCAAUGUGCAUCAGAGAAUUCACACAGGUGGGAAACCAUAUGAAUGUAAAGAAUGUGGAAAAGCUUUUAACAAAAAGUCAACCCUCAACUUGCAUCAGAGAAUUCACACAGGUGAGAAACCAUAUGAAUGUGAAGAAUGUGGAAAAGCUUUUAACCAAAAGUCACACCUCAGCAUUCAUCACAGAAUUCACACAGGUGAGAAACCAUAUGAAUGUGAAGAAUGUGGAAAAGCUUUUAACCAAAAGUCACACCUCAGCAUUCAUCACAGAAUUCACACAGGUGAGAAACCAUAUGAAUGUGAAGAAUGUGGAAAAGCUUUUUACCAGAAGUCUCACCUCAGCAUACAUCAGAGAAAUCACACAGGUGAGAAACCAUAUGAAUGUGAAGAAUGUGGAGAAGCUUUUAGCCAAAAGUCAACCCUCAGCGUGCAUCAGAGAAUUCACACAGGUGAGAAACCAUAUGAAUGCAAAGAAUGUGGAAAAGCUUUUAAACAAAAGGCAUCUUUCAUCUUGCAUCAGAGAAUUCACACAGGUGAGAAACCAUAUGAAUGCAAAGAAUGUGGAAAAGCUUUUAAACAAAAGGCAUCUUUCAUCUUGCAUCAGAGAAUUCACACAGGUGAGAAACUGUAUGAACGUAAAGAAUGUGGAGAAACUUUUAACCAAAAGUCAAUCCUCAAUAUGCAUCAGAGAAUUCAUACAGGUGAGAAAUCAUAUGAAUGUAAAGAAUGUGGAAAAGCUUUUUACCAAAAGUCAGCCCUCAGCAGGCAUCAGAGAAUUCACACAGGUGAGAAGCCCUGUGAAUGUAAUGAAAUGAGGAAAAAGUGUUUUUAUAGAGUCACAGCUUAGAAGAUAUCAGGAUACUCACACAGGAAAAUCUUGAAUGUGAUAUGACAAACCUUUUCCUGGAACUCCUCACAGAAAGGAAAGAAUUCACACAAAGGAAAAUCUCAGUAAAUGUACUUCGUAUCGGAAAAGAUUUUGGCCGAAGUCAUACCUCAAGAUAUCAGGGAACUUACAUCAAGAAGACCUAUAAAUAUGAAACUGUCCUCAGGUAUUGGAUGUUGUCUUGAGGAUACCCUAUUGAUAUAAAAAUUUGCUGGUGCUCUAGUUCCUUCUAUACAUGGUGUAGAGUUUGUGUAUUACCAAUUCACUUUCUGCUAUGAACUUUACAUCUUGUGUAGGUUACUUAUAAUUCUGGAAGAAAUGUGAGUAUUAUGUAAAUAGUUGUUAUUCUGUGUUGUUUUUCAGUUCUGGAAUGGUUUCAUUUAUUGUUUUUAUUUAUUUCUCAGGGUUUUUGAUAAGUAGUUGGUUGAAUCACCAGAUGUGUACCAUCAGAUAUGUGUGAAAACAUUUUUUCUCCAAAGUUUCAAGGCUGGCUAUGUUUAGAGUAUUGUUGCUUAUAGCAUUGUGCUCAUAACACAAAGGAUCCCUAUACCAGCCAUUCACCAUAAAAUAAAUAAAAGUAAAAAAGGAAUUACAUCAUAGCAGGCAGUAGAGAAUUUACACAGGGGAGAAAUUUUGUAUGGAUUAGGCUCUGCUUUUUAAAUAAUACCACUCUUCUCUCUUAUGUGUAGCCUGCAAUCUGAGCAUUCCAUGAUUGGGUGGAUGACCAUGUAAUUUAACUCUGUUUUGGGGAAUGUAGAUAUGUGAUGAACAUUACUUCCAGUUUGGGCACCACAAUAAAAAAAAAGUUUCUGUGUAGUUCA